GGAGAGUUUGUUUUGAUCCACGGUGCGGCGCGGGUGCUCGGCUGACUGGUGGGCGUUCCUCGGUGUUGCUUCUCCUGCCGAGAAGAUUCUUCCCUACAACAACCUGCUCUCUCAAAUGUUUCUCCCGACACUCGUGGAGGACAUGCAUCAGUUUAAACCGAGUCGUGACCGGCUCUACACAACCCGGUGCUGCGGAUGCUGCCACGUCCGGACCGGGACCAUCAUCCUGGGGACAUGGUACAUGGUUGUCAACUUGUUGAUGGGCAUCUUGCUCACCGUAGCAGUGACCCAUCCUGAAAACGUGCCCACCAUUGACCUGCAAUAUGAAGUCAUCGAUCAUUAUUUUGCCUCCGACAGGAUGUCGGAGAACGCCUGCGUGGGCUUCGCCAUCUCUCUGCUGAUGCUCACCAUCAGCGCUAUGAUGGUGUACGGCGCCAUCACUCACCGCGACGGAUGGCUCAUCCCGUUUUUUUGCUACCAGCUGUUCGACUUUGCUCUGAGCUGCCUGGUGGCCAUCAGCUCGCUCACCUACCUGCCUCGCAUCAAGGACUACCUGGACCAGCUGCCUGAUUUCCCCUACAAAGACAACCUUCUGUCCAUGGACUCCAGCUGCCUGCUGCUGUUUGUGCUGGUCUUCUUCGCCUUCCUCAUCAUCCUCAAGGCCUACCUGAUCAACUGCGUGUGGAACUGCUACAAGUACAUCAACAACAGGAACAUGCCAGAGAUCGCUGUGUACCCCGCCUUUGACACGCCCCCGCAGUACAUCCUGCCCACCUACGAAAUGGCCAUGAAGAUGCCAGAGAAGGAGCCCCCUCCCCCGUACAUGCCCGCCUGAGCACCAGCGACAUCACCCACCAUUUCUACAUUCCCUCACAGAGUCACCCCCCGACACACGUCCUCCCCGACCUGUUGUGUACUCGUACGACGCCGCCUCCUCUGACCAUCGUCCAGCUUCACCCAGGAGGCCUCGAAGACUGCAAUGUGAAUCAAUAAUCGGAUUAAUGUGACAACGGAUACGUGAAGGAAGACACCAGCCGCCCCUCCUGCCCUUUUUUAUGUUUUAGUAAAAGGGAUGAAAGUAGCUCGUCGUCGUUAGACGUGGAUAUUCAGACAAUCCUGCUUACGAUAGCUCUUGACUCGUUUUCUCCGUCUGAGACUUUAGAUUCUCUAGCACUUUCCUGUCUGUUAUUUAUUCAGCUUCGCCGCGGUUCAGUUCCCGACCUUUGGCUUGUGAAUCAUUUUCCAGCUCCCGGCGCGAGUCAGAGGGCGAGGAGUCGUCGUCGACUUGCUCAUGAGAACAUCAGUAGCUGCAUGAUUGUUCCUCCCAUUACUUUACUGCUAUUAUCAUUUUUAACUAAGUGGAAAUAUAUUUGACUCCAAUAAAUGUUUAAGAGGUU